GGUGCGCGUGCGCACUGCGCUGGUCUCCACGGCAGGGCCUCGGAGCCAAGACGAGAGAACAUGCUACUGUGAAGACAUAGUUACAGUUUUCACAUGAACAAAGCUAGCACUAUUGUAAUUUAGUGCCCAAAGGAAGACUGUCAAUGAAUAUAAAAGGACAUUUCUGAGGCUAACAGAAUGUAGGAACCCAAGCUUGAAACCUGAGCCACUGCCUGAAGGUAUGGUGAGACCAACAGACGAAGAGAAGAUAGCCUGUUAUUCACAGUUCUCAAAAGGAGCGGGCAUGCUGUACCCCAGAGAACCACACAUAACACCAAGGUGCUGAACUGAAUAAGUCCAUUGAUGUCCUCUCCCCCACUGGCUGCAAGAGCAACUUCUAGCACUGUGAAAAGUUUCCAGCUGUUAACUAAUAGGAGAAUAAUGAGACUGAAUAUGAAGCCAGCAUGGAGCAGCGGCGUUUGUUAGGAGCCAGCUGUGGCGAUGGGAAAGAGUCCGAAAGAGGAGCUCAGGAAUCUGAGCAUAUAACCUGUAUGGACUCUGGGGAUCCUUCCUUUGGACAGAAUGUUACUGCUGAAACAGUUGAUCCCCUCACAUCACAGGACCUGCCAGAGACACCGACUGAGACACAGGCCCUCUAUGCAGAGCAGUUCCGUCUUCUAGACCCACAUGGGCAGCCCCUUCAGUAUGACCUCCACUCGCUGGGAGAGUCUAAUGCACAAAUGACGAUCACUACCAGCCCUUCAGAAAAUGGACAGGUGCUUCAUGUGACCCCACCUACCCAGACAGGAAUGGCGCAGGUGAUCAUACCUCGGGAGCCGCUGGUGGAUGCGACUAGUCCCCAAGAUGCCUCUGAAGAGAAACCCACUGACAGAAGCUUACCAACUAUAAGAGCAGAUACUCUAGAAGCCAGUGCCAGUAACUGUAUUGUUCGUUCACAAGCAUCCCUUGUGCUACCCAGAAAGUCAGGGACCAGAAUGCUCGAGGAAUCUUUGCUGUCUCCUCUGCAGCCACUUUCUUCUAACACACCUAUAUGGGCCUGCCGUCUUAGGAGUUGUCAGAAAAUCGGAGACUCCUACCGUGGCUACUGUGUAAGUGAGACUGAAUUAGAAAGCAUCCUAACUUUUCACAAGCAGCAAACCCAGAGUGUCUGGGGCACUCGCCAGUCUCCAAGCCCAGCCAAACCCGCCACUCGCUUGAUGUGGAAGUCCCAGUACGUCCCCUAUGACGGAAUCCCAUUUGUCAAUGCAGGUAGUCGAGCUGUGGUAAUGGAGUGUCAGUAUGGACCAAGGAGAAAAGGUUUUCAGUUAAAGAGAAUCAGUGAACAAGAAAGUAGGUCUUGUCAUCUCUACAAAGCUACAUGCCCAGCCAGGAUUUACAUUAAAAAGGUACAGAAGUUCCCUGAAUAUAGAGUGCCUACAGACCCCCAGAUUGACAGGAAGGUCAUCAGAAUGGAGCAAGAGAAGGCCUUCACCAUGCUGAAGAAGAACCUGGUGGAUGCUGGGGGUGUUCUUCGAUGGUAUGUGCAGUUGCCAACACAGCAAGCUCACCAGUAUCAUGAACUAGAGACUCGUGGCGUCUCUCUGCCACCAUCUCCUCUUCCUGUGUCUUCUCUUGAAGAGGAGGAGACUGUAGUCAGAGAUGAGAAUUGUGCGUUGUCCUCCCGUCUCCACCCGCAAGUAGCGCAUAAGAUUCAGGAGUUAGUGUCUCAGGGAGUAGGACAAGUGUAUGCAGUGAGGAAGCAGCUCAGAAAAUUUGUGGAAAGAGAGCUGUUCAAACCUGAUGAGGUACCUGAAAGACAUAAUUUAUCCUUUUUUCCAACUGUAAAUGAUAUAAAAAAUCAUAUCCAUGAGGUACAGAAAUCCUUGAGGCCUGGAGAUGUGGUGUAUAAUCCAGAGAUUAUUCCAGCAACGCUUCAGUGGACUACAGAUAGCGGGAAUAUUCUCAGAGAGACGGUAACAGUUACAUUUGCAGAAGGAAAUUCACUGGGAGAACCAGUUACCAGCAGAGUGCGGGCAAGCAGGACACAGUCUUCGCUGUCUCCAGAGCCGUUCCACUUGCUCUCCCCACUUCCUUCAUUUCAGUCCAAAAUCUCCUCACACUUACAGGGUUUGAAGUUACAGCCAAGACUCUCCUCUCUUGAUGGAUCUCAAGCUCUGGUGUCAGGAAAUGGCCACCCUUCCCCCGGUCCUUCAGGACUUCUGGAUACAGCAGGAAAUGCUGUAGUGAAUGAUCAUUCUCUAAUGCUUGGUCAGAGUCAGGACCUUCAAACAGACACAUGCCUAACACAAAACAGCAGCUUUGCCUCUGCCGUGGGAAACCUCCCAGAGUCAGUUCAAAAUCUCGUAAUGGAUCAGCUGGUGGAAGGUGAAGAUGUUGAGGCUGCAGGGAAUCUGGAAGGAAGUGUAAGUAGGAUUCUGUUGGGAGAUGUGCAAACGGUUCCAGUACGAGUCGUAGGCAGCCACCCAGCUCUUAGUAAGUGACCGUCAGUUUACAGUUGCCUGGUAUCACCCCUCCAGACAACGGAAAAAGCUGUCAUUUCUACCCAGUGGGUUUAUAAUAUUGUAAAGUUCAAACAAAAUUAUGAGAGGAAGAUAUUUCAUUAACCUAAUAUUUUUUCUUAUUAUGUUUAAUUAUUUAAUCCCAAUGAAAUUAUUCAUUGUCUAUCCCAGCACUUUGAAGGCUUAGGCAGAAAGAUUGCAAGUUCAAGGCCAGCCUGGUCUACAAAACAAGUUCUACAUCAGCCUGAGCAAUUUAUCAAGACCCUAUAAAUAAAAAGAGAGCUGGAUGGCAGGUCCUAAGAACUGGGUUCAGUCACCAGUGCAGACAGGAAAAGAAGGAAAGAGGAAAUUAUUCAUUUUGAAUAAUUUUUUAUUUUUAUUUAUUUAUUUUUUUGAGACAGAGUCUCACUGGCUGUCCAGGAACUCACUAUAUAGACCAGGCUGACCUCAAACUUAUGUGACCACCAUGCUUAGCUGGAUUUAUUUAAUUUAUUUUGCAUACAAGGGUUUUGCCUGUGUGUAUAGUAUGUAUGUGCAGAACAUGUGUUCCCAGUGCCCAGGGCCCUAGGGCAGAAGAAGGCCGUGGUUAUCCUGGAACUAGAGCUACAGAUGGUUGUGCAUCACAAUAUGGGUGCUAGGAACCAAGGCCAGGUGUGGUGGUGCCUGCCUUUAAUCCUAGCACUUGGUCUCUAGGUUCAAGGCCAGCAUGGUCUACAUAAUGAGAACCUGUCCCUAAAACAAAACAAAAACCAAAUGAAGAUGCAUUGUAUUGGCCAGUUGACAGUGAUCCCACUGGUGUGCUGGCUCUCCAUUCAUGUGGUUAUAAGCACGGUGGAGGGUGCUUGGGUGUUCUGAAGUGUUUUAGAUGAGCAGACAUAGCUCACACAGCUGAGACAGGGCCAUCAUUUUAAGAUGUGCUGCUUUGUUUUCUAACAUGCCAAAUAUUUUUUUUUCAAUUUUACCAUGACCCCUUUCUAAACUGUGGUUUAUUUGAGUUUAUUCUAGG